AACGAUGAAUGGUCUGACUUGACCCUCAAAGCAAAUUUUGACUCUGGUUUGUAGUAGGUUGGACUUUGUGCUGGAGGUGACAGACUAACAGCCCUGAAAAUGGAAAAAGAAGCAUCCACUCAGGCUCCGAAAUCCACCCAGGAAUCCAUUCUUAAAGAGGAGAUUAUUACAGAGAGAAAGUGGGUGAAACUUGAACAAACAACAUAUGUAGAUCCCACAGGUAAAACAAGAGUAUGGGAAUCUGUAAAGCGCACAACAAGAAGAGAGGGGCUUUCAGCUGAUGGGGUCGCUAUUAUUCCUGUGUUGCAAAGAACUCUCCACUAUGACUGUGUGGUUCUAGUGAAACAAUUUAGGCCCCCCAUAGGCGUGUACUGCUUGGAAUUCCCAGCAGGUCUCAUUGAUGAAAACGAAAGUCCAGAGACUGCUGCUUUGCGUGAAUUGGAGGAAGAAACGGGGUACAAAGGAGAUAUCAUCGAGUGCUCUCCAGCACUGUGUUUGGAUCCGGGCUUGACAAACUGCACGUCACACAUUGCGACCGUCACCAUCAAUGGGGACAGUCAAGUCAAUCUGAAGCCCAAACAAAAGCCGGGUGAUGGGGAAUUUGUGGAAGUCGUUACACUACCGAAGAAUGACUUAUUGCAGAGAAUUGAGGAGCUGGUGACAGUAGAGCACCUUAUAGUGGAUGCCAAAGUUUAUGCUUAUGCUUUGGCCUUGAAGCAUGCAACAGAUGCACCAUUUCAAGUACCGUUCAUGAAAUUCUGAGACUGCACUGUAGUUAGUCUUUCGGAAGCAUUUCCUUUCUCACGUCCAAUGGCUGUGGAGACCCCACAAUGGCAGCUCUUUAAUUAAAAGUUCUAUCCAACAGCAAUCCUUUUCAAAGACAACCAUGGGUGGGUAGUCUGUCUGAGACUGCAUUAAUUUUAACUCACUUUCUGUAUCUAAAUGACUAGAAUUGUCUCAGAAAAAUAAAUGUGUUUACAUACUG